UCGUGUGCGGGUAUUUGGACUGGAGAGGGAAACGUCGCGUUGACGCUCACUGAAACGGCGGAUUUUGAGUCAACGGACAACGCCAAUCAAUAACAGACAUGGACGUAUUCUGAGGCAUUUUACUGUGCCGGCUGAAAUUAUUAUUUCGUUGUACAUUCAGUUGUAAUUCGUGUUUUGAAAAUGUUGGACAAACGUAUUGUUGACUUGCGAUUGGAUCAUUUGGAAGACGUGAAGGCGAAAAAUGUUAAAGAGCCAUUUGAAAAGCAGUACAAGUUUGGAGCGCUUCUGGGAAGUGGAGGUUUCGGCUCCGUUUUCGCCGGACAGCGCAUUUCAGACGGACAACAGGUGGCCAUUAAACAAAUAUCCUGUGACAGAGUUCAACAGUGGGCAAGACUGCCUGGUGAAGCAAACAUGGUUCCCAUGGAGAUUGCUCUAUUGCUGUCUCUGGGCGGUGGGUCGGGGGCAGUACCGGGUCACCGAGGCAUCAUCAGGAUGCUGGACUGGUUUGAAGUUCCGGGUCAGGGGUACCUCAUUGUAUUUGAGAAGCCGCAACACUGCCAGGAUCUAUUCGACUUCAUCACUGAACGUGGGGCCCUGGAGGAACCCAUUGCACAGAGGUUCCUCAAACAGGUCGUCAAAGCCCUCCAGUUCUGCCACUCCAGGGGAAUUGUGCACCGGGACAUCAAGGAUGAGAACAUCCUGGUGGACACCCGCACUGGAGACAUCAAAAUCAUUGACUUUGGAUCUGGGGCUCUGUUAAAGGACUCCAUUUACACUGACUUUGAAGGUACCAGAGUUUACAGUCCUCCAGAGUGGAUCCUCAAACAGCGUUACAACGCCCGUCCACUCACUGUGUGGUCGCUGGGCGUACUUCUGUUUGACAUGGUGUGUGGGGACAUUCCUUUUGAGCGGGACGGGGACAUUGUACAAGCCACUCCUAGUUUCACCAAACGCAUCUCCAAAGAAUGCCAGUCUCUGAUUUGCUGGUGCCUUACAUACAGACCAGAGGAUCGGCCAACAUUAGAGCAGAUCCUUCUUCAUCCUUGGAUGAUGGAGAACUCAGAGGACAUUGGAGAUUUGCAAGCAGAAAGCAAUAUCACGCCAAGCCUUUGAAUCCCAAAGGACUUUGACAUACAGUACACUGUUUCUUGUUACACUGGACUUUUCAAACUCUAGUUACUGCCUGCUGGACUUCCUAAUGUAUUAGUUUUGUUUGGCUGCCAUCAGAAGAUUCCCUGGCAUCGUUUUGUUUCAUGUGGACUUGGGUUCCCAAAAUCUAGCCCUGGAUUGCUGCAGUUUCACUUUAUGAAUGAAAACUUCCCACGUCUACAGUCUUGGCAAAACAGUGGAAGUUUUCUUAUUUAUUGCUGAUUAUUUAUUUUCUCAGCCACAUACUAACUUAUUUUUGUGCUCGGUGGUUCGCGAAGUUUCGGCAGCAGUAAUCUGUGUUCUUUUGGUUUGUUUGUUUUGUUUUUUAAGUUCUAAUUGACUAAAGAAAUGAUAAUGGGUAGACUUACAGUCAUGUAUUAGACUGUGAUGAUACCUGGUUUUACAGGUUUUCGUAGUACAGUAAUAUUCUCUCCCUGUUCUAAGGGGCGACACAAAAAGACUUUGGAUAUUGUUUCCAGUCCUUUGAUGGGAGCUCUGACCUAACAAUAAUUUAGGCUCACGUGGAUGUGUUCUCUUUUAUAAGACACACACUUUUUCUCAAAGAAAAGGAGCAUUCCUGUUUACAAUAAAUGAAUCUGUUCACUAGACAGAAAGCUGGCUUUUGGUUUCUGUCUGCAUUGUUUGUGAAGUACUGGGCUGUAACUUAAGGAAUGUUGCCAGAACACUUUGUACUUUGGAAAUUCCCAAAGGUCAGAACUACUUACACAUUAUUUAUGUUUACUAAAAAGGCCAAAUGAACAACCUAAUUGUUCGAUUCUGUUAACGCAAAAGUGAAUGAUAUACCACUGCCUUAUUGAAAAAACUGUCAUAUUGCAACAUUUAUUUCAUUUAAAUGCCCUUUUGAAAGGUGGACCUUCAAGAAUGCAUCCUGUCCUCUUUUUAUUUUGUUUUUAAUUUUUUUCGUAGAAACACUGACAUGUGUCCACCAGGGAUUUGCUUUUGUGUAAUUCGUUGGCUUUGGAUCCAGAUUGGCAUGUUCAGACUUAAUUGUUGUAGGAAUGAAAUUAAAUUCACUACUGUACAAGAAUUAGACUUUUCCCAAUGUAUGUAAUGGGGGGGGGGGGGGGCAUGUG